CACCCCUCGGAUCAGUAUGCCCCUGUCCACCAAACCCAUCGCCAUCAUCGCGGGCGCUGGCCCCGGAACAGGAGCCGCCCUGGCAAGACGAUUCGCUCAACGAUACCCGGUGGUGCUUCUGGCGCGGACUCCUAGCACUCUCGACCCGUUGGUGCACGAAAUCAAUCGCAGUGGCGGAUCCGCUCUGGGCAUUCCCGCCAAUGUCGCCCAUACCGACCAGCUCUUCUCCAGCCUCACCCAGCUGCGCGACCACUUUGGGGCCGAGCCACGUGUGGCGGCUGCUAUCUUCAAUGUAGCCAGCAAGUUCACCCGCAAUGGGUUUCUGGAGAACCAGCCAGAUUUCCUGGACAGUCUGGAGGCCACCGCACGAGGGGCCUCGAAUUUCUCCCGAGCCGUGCUUCCACUCCUCUUGAAGGAGGUGGACGAUACUGAGGGCUAUCCUCCAACCCUGAUCUUCACCGGAGCCACAGCGGCCUUGAAAGGAGGAUCCGGACUGGGCUCCUUCGCCAUGAGCAAAUUCGCCGUGAGGGCACUGGCGCAGUCAUUGGCACGAGAAUUUGGCCCCAAGGGCGUGCAUGUAGCGCAUGCCAUUAUUGACGGGAUAAUCGCCACUGAAAAGACCAAGGAGUAUCUGAAUGACCGACCCGAUGCGAAGAUUGACCCUAAAGGCAUUGCUGAGGCGUACUGGUUCUUGCAUACCCAGUCUCGGUCCGCAUUUACCCAUGAGAUUGAUCUGCGACCGUACUGCGAGACGUGGUGAUGACUGGUACUGUUAUAUGCACGGGGUCAGCGCCUCAUAGGCGACGUGAUAAGAUUGAAGUCAUUACCAAGUAUAGUCCUGCUAGACAAAGUCACGAACUCUAAUAGAGUAGUUGAUCACGGUCAUCGCG